AUGUUUUUGCAUUCUGGAGCCGGCCUCCAUGGCCACGAAUAUACUACUCAACGCCGAUCUUCCGAAAUAGUACACAGAAAACAAAUCCUUUUGCGAUCCAGCAUGCGACAGCCACUUACCGAGGAGACACGCAGGUUCUCCACGCCCUUUGCUAGCACAGAGCCUCGCGAUGACCAAGAACAAGCCCGUCCGUCCAGCAAUCGCCCAACUUCGCUCCCGAUACAAGCUAGAUCCGUUUCCGAGAGCGCAAGACACCGCGAUCACUCUGUUCGAUUUCGGGAUCAGCCCCAUAUUACUCACUUUUCGACGCCUGUGCAUAGCGAAGAUGAGGAGUCCAUUGCCGAGUCGCAAUUGACGGUGGACAGUGACGUCUCCAGCCGACGUAGACGCAAGCAACGCCUCCCGCGAAAAUCGACAACCUUUGCGCUGGCCCAUCCUGCUCCUGGUGUACGCACAAAACAACGCCGUCUCGUCCAAUUCCGGCCCAAGGUGCUUCUUCAGCUGCAGGAACUGGGCGAAAAGCGCGCUGUUCCAGCAUUCGAUAUUGUCCCAUCUAGUCAAAUCGCGGGAAGCUUCAUCAUACCCGUUCUGGCGAAAAGAUUUCCUAGAAUGUUCAGAGCAAAGCCUAAUCUUGGCCAAAACGACUUGCUGCUGAUGCGCAGCGAAAACUACAACAUCUCGACACCAGCUGUCCCCGGCAAUGAUACAAACGAAGCAAUGGGCGAACGAGAUGUUUUGGCAGUCGUGUCUGUAAAUACCCACGAGGGCACCGACCGUGCAGAACUGACAUUUCGCGAUGGCUCCACGUGGUUUAUUGAGGCCAUUGCGAAUGGUUCAUACGAAAUGAAAAGGGUUGAUGGUUCUUCCGCUCCCAUGAAAGGAAGAUGGGUUCGGCGCCUGACGUCUUUGCGGACGAAUAGUAUGGAAUCUGGCAUCGCUGCGCCAGCGCAACCCAUGCAGGACAAAUGGACGUUCAGCAUCUUGGACCCAGCUGCGCGCCGUCAUCCCAUCAUGGGUGUGCUCACCUCGACGUCGCUGGAGAUAUACGACAACUAUAACACAAUGUCCACCUCGAGCAGCCGCUAUCCUCCCACCAAGUCAUUUGUGAGCGGGAAUGGCUUGCCGCAUGAGGAGUACCAAAGUCCGGCUGCUUCUGUAAUCGCAGAGGAGAGAAAAACUGUGGCAGUCACUGAAUACAACAAGAUGCUGAUGAUGGUCUCAGCUACCUGGAUCAGCCUUCGACAAGCCGGCUGGCCUGCAACGGCAAAUCCGAAAAUGGCUCGUUCCAUGUCGCAGCGCUGUAGCUUGCAGAGCGAUUACCCAAGAGGAUCACUAUCUGAUUCACGGGAGAGCUCAGGAGAAUUCAAGCCUCAAGAUGGUACGAGUCACCAGCGCAGGAAGUCGACGGGUUGCACGCCACAUCCUCAGCCACCGGUUCGAUCGCUAUCUGCAGCCAGCCAUUUCAUGCGAAAGCAGCAAGAACUGCGCCAGCAAGAUUCCUCACAAGCUGGCUCGAUGGACGGCCGCAAUACACCCGACAGCGUCAGCAAGCCUAUUCCACGCAAACGAACAAUGACGAAACUGGCCUCGUGGUUGCGUAAUUGCUUCGGCGGGGACGGAAGCGCACAAAAGCGCAAGACAUGA